GACUGCGUACAACUCAGUAUAAUAGCAUAUGAUACUACUAGGAUGGUCUAAGUAAAGGGUUUGCGACAGACGCUUGUGUUUUUGACAGCUGUUGGCGUCCUUCAAUGGCACUGUCCCAUCUGCCACUCAACACUCCCUCAGCUGGUGCCAAAGCUGCUUGAACAGAGGCACUUUUGACUCCUUUUGGGACUUAGUAGUAGGGCCCUUCCUUUAUUAUGUGCCAUGUUGUCCCCUCCAGCUGUGGUUCUGCACCCCUACAGCCUGCCUGUCUAUCCUCCGGCACCCCAAUGCUACUCUGGGCUGGUUCAGGGUAGUCCAGAUGCUGCAGUCCCACCUACUGAUGCCAUGACACAGACAUUUCCAGCUCAGUACCCACCGCCGCCACCCCAGGCCCGGCUCCCUCCACAAUACCAUCUCCACAGCACCCCAUCUGAGUACCCAUCUCCAACUGCCCUGGAUCACAGCCUGCGCAUCUUCCCUGAGCAGGGCACAACUGCAUCGGACCCUCUGCCAUUGCCUCCACCUCCUGCCCAACCCGAAGAAGUCCCUGCACCUGAGCUAUCUCCAGAGACAGAGGAUGCAGAAAGUGAGGAGAAUAAAGCCCAGCCAAAACGCUUACAUGUGUCCAACAUUCCCUUCCGCUUCCGUGACCCGGACCUGCGGCAGAUGUUUGGACAAUUUGGAAAAAUCCUCGACGUGGAAAUCAUCUUUAAUGAGCGUGGCUCAAAGGGUUUUGGGUUUGUCACCUUUGAAAACAGCCAAGAUGCUGACCAGGCACGAGAAAAGCUGAACAGCAGUAUUGUUGAAGGGAGGAAAAUUGAGGUCAACAAUGCCACUGCCCGUUUAGUCACCAAGAAACCCCCAGUGGCACCUCUGGUGAAUGGAUGGAAGAUCAAUCCUGUAGUUGGCGCUGUCUAUGCUCCUGAUCUGUACACAGUGGCAAGCAUUCCUUACCCCAUGAUGGCACCUGCUGCUCUGGCUUAUCGUGGGACUCUGCGCGGGCGUGGCCGAGCCACUAUCUAUAAUCCCAUUCGGGCAGCACCGGCCCCCACUCCAGUUCCAGCCUAUGGCAGCGUGCUGUAUCCAGAUGGUCUAUACAGUUCUGACCUCUACGGUUAUCCUACAGCGUACAGAGUGGCCCAGACACCAGCAGCUGCAGCUGCAGCAGCCACAGCAGCAGCAGCAGCAGCAUACAGUGAUGGGUAUGGACGGGUCUACACUACUGCUGAGCCUUACCACCACACAGUAACCCCUGCCUAUGGAGUUGGUGCCAUGGCCAGUUUAUACCGAGGAGGAUGCAAUCGCUUCACUCCGUACUGAAGGACCAAACACUGGGGCUGAGCAACCAGGAGAUGGCCCGGAUGAUGGGAUCCCAUGCUGAGAACCUUGUCUCUCUGUGUG